AUGGCUUCACUACUACCCCCGCUACGGCGGGCUCUGCCCAAGUUAGGGAAAGACCUCUUCACCUGCCGCCAAUGCCCCAAAUCCGCCUCCAUCCAAGGGUCGAAGCUCCGGACCAACAAAGGGCUGUCGGUCUUCCAGCCCACGCGUUUUUAUAGCAGCUCUGCGCCGCUGCGCACAGCUGCUACGGUGCCAGGAGCCCAGGCCACGCCCCUAUCUUCUCUGAGCCAGACAAUUGCGAAUUCCCAGAAGGAAACGGCGAAGAAAUCCUUCUUCCCCGAUACCAGCUCCCGCGGCGUCGCUUUCUGGCUCCUCGGCAGCGCCGCCAGUGUGUUCGGAAUCGUUGUCUUUGGCGGGCUGACACGUCUCACUGAAUCAGGACUGAGUAUUACAGAAUGGCGCCCAGUAACUGGCACGCUCCCUCCCCUCUCUGCCGCAGACUGGGACUCCGAGUUCAACAAGUACCGCGCCUCCCCCGAAUUCAAGCUGCUCAACCCCACCAUGACACUUGAUGAGUUCAAAUACAUCUAUUUUAUGGAGUGGACGCACCGCCUCUGGGGCCGCGUGAUCGGCCUCUCCUUCGUCCUCCCCGCCAUCUACUUCGUCGCUCGUCGCCGCGUCUCGCGCCCGCUCACCGCAGGCCUCGCCGGCAUCUCCGCUAUAAUCGGAAUCCAAGGCUUCAUCGGCUGGUGGAUGGUCAAGUCCGGGCUGAAAGACGACCUCUUCGCCCCCGGUUCCCACCCCCGCGUCUCGCAGUACCGCCUGGCCGCCCAUCUCGGCACAGCCUUCAUCUGCUACGCCACUAUGCUCUGGGGUGGUCUCUCGACUCUUCGCGACCGCGCUCUCCUCGCUGACCCCGCUCGCGGCCACGCCUCGAUCAUCGAGCGCUCCAGCCCCGCCCUCCGCCAUUUCCGCCGCUCCGUCGGUUUCAUCGCCCUUCUCGUCUUCACCACCGCCGUGUCUGGCGCCCUCGUUGCCGGCCUCGACGCAGGACUCAUCUACAACGAGUUCCCGACCAUGGGACCGGGGCGUAUCGCCCCGCCUGCCACAGAGCUCUUCAACAACUUCUACUCCCGUCGCGAGGACAAGGCUGAUCUCUGGUGGCGCAACAUCCUCGAGAACCCGUCCACUGUACAGCUUGAUCACCGCAUCCUCGCUACUACCACUCUGACCACAAUCAUCGCACUGUGGGCCUACUCGCGCUUUAACCCGCGCGUCGCGGCGGCGAUGCCCAAGAAUGCUCGCAGGGGUAUGGUGGGUGUCGUCCACUUCGCCUUGGCGCAGGUGGCGCUCGGCAUCACGACUCUACUGUACCUGGUGCCGCUACCGCUGGCGUCUGCGCAUCAGGCGUGCAGCAUGGGGUUACUUACUAUGACGCUUGUCCUCGGGAGCCGGCUGUGGAUCCCUAAGAGGGGUUUGAGACUCGUGCAGAGCAGUAUGGCACAGGCCGCGCAGGGUGCCCCGAAAGUGAGGGUCCCUGCCGCGGCGAGGGGAACUCCAACUGCUUAAGUUGUAUUUGGAGAGAGGUGAAUAUUGUACUGUAGUAUAGAAUAGUGUGACGAUAGUGUUCAAAUAUGGGGAAUCAGGGAGCAGAUGGCAUCACGGCGGCGUUUCACGCAGAGAUAGGUGUAUCAGUAGCGGGAUCUCAACUCGACUAAUAGACUUAAAA